AUGAAUACCUCGACGCCACCGCCCUAUCCUUCCUACUUCUACGAGAAGCCGCUGGGACGGUCUAACACAACGACGCACAAUAAUGCUCCAAUGUAUUACCUCGAGAAGCCGUUGGCCAGGUCAAACACGUCGUCGACAACAUCCUCGAUGGCGGACCGCACACGAUCAACUCCUCUGUCGAGGAUGCUGCUGUCUGGCGAAGUGAGUGGCGAGGCGCCCCGGGACCUGAACAUGAGAGAAAAGUUCGAGAGGUGGAUGGUCAACGAGGGCUCGCGGCGGAUAGUGGUGGGAGUGUUCGUGCUGGUACACGGACUGGUCUUCGGCUUCGGCUUCAUGAACUACCAACUCAAGGACAACUUGACGGGGGCACGGGCGACAUUCGGCAUCACCUAUCCCAUCGCGAGGUCGGCCGCGCUGGUCCUGCACUUCGACGUCGCCCUGAUCCUCUUCCCGGUGUGUCGGACGCUGAUAUCGUUGCUCCGCCAGACGCCUCUCAACAGCAUCGUUCCGUUCGACAAGAACCUCACCUUCCACAAGCUCGUCGCCUACUCGAUCGUCUUCUUCACGUGGGUGCACACCAUUGCCCACUGGAACAACUUCGCACAACUUGCGGCCAAACAGAAGCUGGGCUUCGUCGGCUUCUUGAAGAUCAACUUUGUCACGGGCCCUGGCUGGUCUGGCUAUGUCAUGCUCUUCGCCUUGAUGGCGAUGCUCUUCACGUCCAUUGAGAAGCCGCGGCGUGCCAAUUAUGAGCGGUUUUGGUCCGUCCACCACCUCUUCAUUGUGUUUUUCGUGUUCUGGUCCGUCCACGGUGCCUUCUGCAUGAUCAAGGCCGACACCGCUCCGUUCUGCUUCGGGACGGGCGUCUUCUGGGAGUACUGGAUGUACGGAGGCUUCGCAUAUCUCCUGGAGCGAGUCCUUCGCGAGAUCCGUGGCCGGCACAAGACCUACGUGACCAAAGUCAUCCAACACCCCAGCAACGUGGUGGAGAUCCAGAUGCAUAAGGAGAAGACGAAGACCCGUGCAGGCCAAUACAUUUUCCUCUGCUGCCCCGAGGUCUCCAUCUGGCAGUACCACCCUUUCACCCUAACCUCGGCGCCAGAAGAAGACUACAUCUCGGUGCAUGUGCGGAUGGUGGGCAACUUCACCAAGGCACUCGGUAAGGCGCUCGGCUGCGAAGACAGCAAGGGGAGAGGCGAUAGUAAGGGUGACGGUGCCAAGAAGGCUCGCUCUGAGGUUGUCUCCAUGGCUCCCGGGGGUUUGCAGAAGCUCCUCCCGCGGAUCUACGUCGAUGGGCCCUUCGGUUCUGCCUCCGAGGAUGUGUUCAAGUUUGAAACAGCGGUGCUGGUCGGCGCCGGUAUUGGAGUCACGCCCUUUGCCAGUAUCCUCAAGUCUAUCUGGUACCGCAUGAGCCAAGGCGGUGGCAACAACACGCGGCUGAAAAAGGUCUACUUCUUCUGGAUUUGCCGCGACUUCGGGUCUCUGGAGUGGUACAAGAGUCUGCUCACGGCUAUUGAAGCGCAAGAUAAACAACACUCGAUCGAGAUCCACGCUUACCUUACCGCCAAGAUCUCUGCCGCAGAUGCCAACAACAUCAUGCUCAAUAGCAGCGACACCGAUGCCAUCACAGGGUUACGAACUCCGACCAACUUUGGCCGUCCCAACUGGGACAUGGUCUUCCGGGCGAUUCGCAAACUACAUUCCCCCGGCGAAGCGGGUGUGUUCUUCUGCGGUCCCAAGGGCCUGGGCUCGCAGUUGCACAUACUGUGUAACAUGUAUAGCGAGGGCGACAAGGGCUUCCGAUUCGUAUGGGGCAAGGAGAACUUCUAA